AUGCUCCUCACGCUACCCGCCACGCUCCUCCCCCUCCUCCUCACCCUCACCCCAACACGUGCCUACAAACCGCUCUCAGACGCCUUCCUCCGCGCCCUCCCCUCCCCCAACACCACCCUCGACGCAAAGAACAGCACGCUCCUCUCCCCCCUGCUCAUCCCGCGCGUCCCCGGCACCCCAGGCCAAACCCUCGCGCAACACCACCUCUACGCCUACUUUACCAAAGAAUUGCCAGCCUGGAACCUAACCUGGCAAAACAGCACCUCCGUGACCCCCACAUCCGAGUUACCCCUUCCCUUUGCUAAUCUCAUCGCGCGGAGAGAGCCACCUUGGGUCGCGCCGGGACAAUCGAAUUUGCUCACGCUUGUUGCGCAUUAUGACAGUAAAUUGCAUCCAGAUGGGUUUAUUGGGGCGACGGAUAGUGCGGCGCCGUGCGCCAUGUUGAUGUAUGUAGCACGCGUGCUAGAUCCGCAUAUAACGCGGAUGUACGAGGAGAUGAGCGCGUUAGGAGAGGGCGGGGACGUGGACAUGGACAUGGGUAUCCAGAUAGUGUUUCUGGACGGCGAGGAGGCGUUUGAGACGUGGAGUGAUAGUGAUUCACUCUAUGGAGCAAGAACCGCACUCCCCUCUCGCAAAUCAGCCUCUUCCUUCUCCUUGACCUGCUCGGUUCCGCAGAUCCACUCGUCCCAUCGUACUUCCCAACCACACAUUGGGCCUACGUACAUCUCUCCACCGUUGAGUCCCGGCUACGCAAUUUGA